GCUUGUUCUGCGAGAAAUUGGUGCUUUCACUGAUAUGAUGGUGAGAGCUGGAGGAGCAGACACCUCCGGCACAUCGCUGCUCCUCCUGCUGCUCCUGUUCUCCUGUAACCACCUGUGCCACUCACUGCUUCAUCAGGAUUCUUGAAAUAUAUCUUUGGAGGCAACAGAGAUGAUGAAUUUGUUGAUUUCCUACUCAGUGACUGAUGGUGUUAUAGCCUUUGUCUAUAUUGAUCCACGUUUGUGUGACAGCAUGCAUUUGUAAAGCCCCUGUAGCUGGGCUUCAGCCACAAUCUUUCUCCAUAAAUUAAAUUUAUUACUGCGAUGGUGACCCACAGAGGGGGGAAAGGAUUUUAUUGCAUAUAAAAAAAAAAGGAUCAAUAUUUUAUUUUCUCUUUCAGCCCAGUUUUGCAAAAUACUCUGCUGAGUUAUAGCACUUACUAGCUUCAGCAUAAUCCAUUUCAAAAUAACUUCAUAAUGUAACUAUUCCACAUAAUGCACAUCAUGUAAAAUUACUUAAAAUCGCUUUGCAUAAUGUAAAUUACGACUUUCUGUAAUAUGUUGACCUAACAAAACUGUUUGUUGGAAAUUCCUGUUGGUGCUGCAUUGUUGUGUUCUUCUACAGAUGUCUGUCUAAAUAUUAGAAUCUGAGUAACACAUCCUGUGAAUUUGAAAGUGUCUUUUCAAUUUAAUUUUUUGUUGUUGUUAUUUUAGGGGUUCCAAACCUCUCUUCUUAUGCAAAAGCAGAGGACAAGCUUUUUAAAUACCUCUUUGGCAACUAUCAGAAAUGGGUUCGUCCAGUUGAGUAUCUGAACCAGACUAUUAAUGUGAAGUUUGGACUGGCUAUCUCUCAGCUGGUUGAUGUGGAUGAGAAAAAUCAGCUUAUGACAACCAAUGUGUGGAUGAAACAGGAAUGGACAGAUAUGAAACUCAGGUGGAACCCAGAAGACUAUUUAGGAAUCACAGCCGUCCGAGUUCCCUCUGACAGGAUAUGGCUCCCAGAUGUUGUGCUGUAUGAUAAUUCAGAUGGUCGUUUUGAAGGUACAGUAACCAAAGCUGUAGUGAAGUAUGAUGGGACUAUAACUUGGACACCUCCUGCCAAUUACAAGUCUGCCUGCACUAUAGACGUCACAUUCUUUCCCUUUGACCUCCAGAAUUGUUCAAUGAAGUUUGGCUCGUGGACAUAUGAUGGCUCACAGGUUGACAUAAUUCUGGAGGACUUCCAUGUGGACAAACAGGACUAUUUUGACAAUGGUGAAUGGGAGAUUGUCAAAGCCACUGGCAGCCGUGGUUUAAGGAGAGAUGGCAGUACUUCCUACCCCACUAUCACAUACUUCUUCAUCAUUCGUCGACUACCUCUUUUCUACACCCUGUUCCUCAUCAUCCCUUGUAUUGGACUAUCUUUUCUCACCAUCCUUGUUUUCUACUUACCGUCCAACGGUGGUGAGAAGAUCUCACUCUGCACUUCAGUUCUGGUCUCUCUCACUGUUUUCCUCUUAGUUAUUGAAGAGAUCAUACCUUCCUCAUCCAAGGCCAUCCCACUCAUUGGAGAAUAUUUGGUGUUUACCAUGAUAUUUGUUACUCUUUCUAUAGUUAUCACUGUAUUUGCCAUAAACAUACACCAUCGCUCCUCAUCAACACAUCAUGGCAUGGCACCAUGGGUCAGAAAGAUAUUCCUGCAUCGACUGCCUAAAUUGUUGUGCAUGCGCAGCCAUGUGGAUCGAUAUGCCACCAGCGGAGUGGCCGGGACUAUUGGGACUCUAGGACUUGGUCUGGAAGGUUCCUCUCCAGAACUCACUCCACUUCUCAACAAAAGACAGAGCCUACAAGCAGCACUGGAUUCCAUUCGCUACAUAACCAUGCAUGUGGUAAAGGAAAAUGAAGUUAGAGAGGUGGUACAGGACUGGAAGUACGUUGCCCAAGUGUUGGACCGAAUGUUUCUCUGGGCCUUCCUCCUGGUAUCAGUGCUUGGUUCUGCCCUGCUCUUCAUCCCAGUUAUCUACAAAUGGGCCAGCAUUGUUGUUCCUGAUUAUAGUGGAAGUACUCUUUAAAAAUAAAACCAUGUGAACAGCAUAUAUAAAAAGCACACACCUCAUGAUGGAGGAGGCUGUUUGAGGACACUAGGAGCAAGGUGCAAUCUGCAGAUGUUAUGAUUUGUUUUUUGAGUUAGAGUCUACUGUUUCAAACAAAUUGAAAAGUAUAAUAUAUAUUACAAUAAAACAUCUGGACUAUA